AUCCGGAUCUUGUACUGCCGACCAUGCGUGCUGCUGUUGAGAAACAGCUGAAUUUAAUAGCUCUUGGAAAAGAAAAUUAUGAAUCUGUACUUCAGCAUACUCUUACAGUUUUCCGCUUGAAAUUCCAGUAUUUUGUAACAAAUAUUACGGGUAUGGAUGAGUUAUUUGAAGCAUCAUUUAGUCCUCUUUCUGAAAGUGGAAAACCUCAGUCAAGAUGUGGGAAAUGUCGCCGUUACAUGAAGUUAAUUGCCACAAGGCCUUGCCGAUUACAUUGUCCAACUUGUGAUGAAACUUUAUCCGUACCUCAGGCUGGUGGGAAUAUUAGAAUCUUCAGGGAACUAAAGUGUCCUUUAGAUGAUUUUGAACUCUUGCAGUAUACAGGAGGUGCAAAAGGGAAGAGCUUUAUAUUUUGUCCCUAUUGUUACAAUAAUCCACCUUUUCGAGAUAUGCGAAAAUUAUCUGGCUGUAAUUCUUGCACUCAUCCUACUUGUCCGUAUUCACUUCAAAGCAAUGGUGUUUCUAAUUGUUCUAUGUGUGAUGGAGGAGUAUUGGUAUUGGACCCUGGUUCUGGACCAAAAUGGAAGCUUUCUUGUAACAGAUGCGAUACCAUAGUGCGACUUUUUGAAGAUGCUGUUAAAGUCACUGUUGAUGAAGAUACUUGCAAAGAUUGUGGAAGUCAACUCGUCACAGCUGAGUACAAAAAAGAUAAAACAAAAUUUGGUGGUAAUAUCACUGAAGCUACUGGUUGUAUAUUUUGUGAUGCAAGGUUCACUUCGCUGGUUGAUCAGCUACAGGCAAUGAAGCAGCGUAAUCCUGUAAGAGGUAAAGGGCGAGGACGAGGAAGAGGUACCAAAUCAAGAGGUCGGGGUAGGAGCAAACCUAAAGACAAAAUGGCUCAACUUGCUGCUUACUUUGUAUAAUGUUUUAAAAAAUAUUAUAAGGAAUUUUCUUAUAACUAAUAUUCUUUGUUUUGUUAAUAAUAAAACUGUUUUUAUGAAAACUU